UUGUAAGAUGCUAUUUGCCAUUAUUUUUGCUUGCUGCUCUUUUUAUUUCUGCACUCAUUUUUAUAUUAACAACAUUUGAGGAUUCUGACAGCAAUUACAAGCCAAAAAAUCUAAGGAGAAGUAGGGAGGUUAAUACAGCAAUGUUUAAUAGAAACAAUGGAUGUUUAUUAGGAAAUCGAAGCAAACCAGAACAAAACCCUUUCCCGGCGGAUUUGUUCACACUACAACAACGAAGACGUGGAGCUGUUGCUUUACACUUUUUUGGGCUAAUUUACAUGUUUAUAGCUUUGGCAAUUGUUUGUGAUGAGUUUUUUGUGCCUUCUCUAGGUGUAAUUACUGAAAUGCUGGAAAUUAGUGACGAUGUUGCUGGAGCUACAUUCAUGGCAGCUGGCGGUUCUGCACCCGAAUUUUUUACUUCACUCUUUGGUGUGUUCAUAACAGAAAACAAUGUAGGUGUUGGCACAAUUGUUGGAAGUGCAACAUUCAACAUACUUUGCGUUCUCUCCUUUUGCACACUUUUUUCGAGGAAUGUUCUUUGCCUGACUUGGUGGCCGCUUUAUCGCGAUGUUACAUUUUACGGAGUUGCUAUUCUUUGUUUAAGUUUUUUCUUCAUGGAUGAACGUAUUUAUUGGACAGAAGCUUUGGCGAUGUUUGCAUUUUAUAUAAUUUAUGCAAUUUUUAUGAAAUACAAUUCAACGAUAGAACGUUGGGUUAAAGAAAGAUUAGGCUAUAUAUGUGGACUGAAUGUAGAUAAAAUGACAACAGAUGGACUAGCACCAAAUAUCAAAGUUAAUGAAGGGGGAGAUAAUAAUGCAACAACCUCUACCCCUUCUGAUUUUUCAAAAAAUAACUUCAACGAACAAACACCACAAAUUCAAAAUGUUUAUGGUGUUGAACUAAAUGUAAGAAGGCCUCUGCUUCAUGCAGGUGCUAAUUUUCCGGAAAUCUAUCCUGGAAUUUUGCAGGUUUUUAAAAUUCUUCUAAGUCAUUUGAUUCAUUUUUAG